GGGCCUGGGGGAGUGCGGUAGCGCGGUAGCGCGCUUCUGCUCAGUCAGUGUUCCGUUCAAGCCCUCGCCGCACGCCCGGUCCCGUCCCGUCCCGCCCCGCCGAGCCCGCGUACGCCCCCCGCGGGGACCACUGAGCUGACCAGGGCGGCGGCCGCGGGGGCCAUGGGGGGCACAAGGGCCGCUCGCGAGACCUGCCCCAGCCCGACGACGUGGUGGUGGUGGUGACGGGCUGCCUGCGGUGGCAAUGCUUUUCUUUUCAGGAAACGGACAAAUGGACAAGACCUUUUCAACUAUGUUGUAUAAGACCAAUGAAGAGAUUACUGGCUAUGCAUGGAAUGUGAGUGAUGAGCAUAUGAUAAAUGUCAACCAAUCUAAGCACCAUACUGUGUGGAUCACAGUAGAAAGCCUAUUGCUUCUAUGCAUUCUGUGUGGAAACACACUCACAAUUUGUGCUGUAGUGCUGAGCAGAAGGCUAGCAAGAGCAACAUCAUCACAGUUUGUUCUUAACUUGGCUGUUUCUGACCUACUUGUUGGACUAUUCUUGCCUUAUCACAUGAGUUUUUACUGGGAUAACAACCAGGGUGCUUCAGAAAUAGCUUGUCUGCUAAAAUUUACUUGUAUGGUGUUUGCAUUUUGCAACUCACUAUUCAGCUUGAUAUGUAUAAGUGUAGAUCGUUAUAUUUACAUUAUGUACCCUUUGCACUACAGCACACGAGUUACUAAGAGGUUGGCAUGGACAGUUAUAGGAAGUGGUUGGAUAUACUCAAUGAUUAUAGCUACAACACCACUUUAUUGGAAUAACUGGCCUGCACCAAGCUGUGAACUUCAUGAAGUGCUACCUGUACCCUUUACAAUGCUAGUGCUGACGCCUAAUUUUGCAUUAAUUUGGAUAAUAAUGUUCAUGGUAUAUUGGAGGAUUUGGAGGGAGGCUGCAUCUGUCCGAAGAAGAUGGGGAAAUUACCAAGGGAAGCCUCCAGAUGGAAAAUCAAUUCAGGUUGUGCUGCUUGUACUUGGCAGUUUCUCCAUAUGCUGGAUGCCUUUCUUCACUGUUCUUAUUCUACAAGCUUUUGGCUGCCUUCGACAAUCAUUUUCAUCAACUCUUUACAAAAGUGCUCUAGCUUUAGCAAUGACAAACUCAUGGAUGAAUCCUCUGAUUUAUGCAUGGAAGAACUCUGAGUUCCUCUCUGCAUUCAGCCAGUUACUGCACUGCAAGAUACCAACAACAGAUCCUACAGGAUGUGGGUCUAUUGGACAAAUUGCACUUGAAGGAGGACCAUCACAUUGAAUGAAAUGAUAACAAGACAACAAUUGACUGUCUUAGGAACUACGUAUAUUAACGCCACAGAAUACCAUGAUCAGGCUCCUUUGCUUGUGACAAGUUUCAUACCCCUUUUACCCAUCUCUCAUUUUCCUUUUCUCUUUUAUAUUUAUUUUAGAAUAUUUUUAAUUAUAUAGAUAUGGAAUUUAAAAAAAGGGUUUACUUUUGUAUGAAAUCACUGAUUGUAAACCUCAAAAGGGUUGAAAUUACUUUGAAUGGGACAAACUUAAAGUGUUUGUUGUGAGUGUGCAGCUGUAUCAUCAUUACAUCUAUAUCACUAGAAUAAAUUUAUCCCCCCAACAAA